AUUUAGUUUGACGUAAAUCAACUAAAUUUUAAAAUAGAUUGAGCGGGUAAUUUAGUCACCCUCAAAAAGAUUAUUUGUUUAUCACCUUGUCUAUGGCUUAUGAUUGUUGGCUUAAUCCAUAACGGAAAAACAGAAGAGUAAUCCCGCUGAAGACUUCAAGAAACAAAGAAGAAGAAGAAGAUACAAAUUAUCUGCGAAAUCUUGCUCUAUGAUGGAACAAAAGGGCAUAGAGCAUUCUUGUCCUGAUGUACUCAGCAAACUUCCUCAUAAUGUAAUUGAUGAGAUUCUUAUGCGUUUGCCUUCUCGAGAUGCUGUGUGCACAAGCAUUUUGUCCAGGGAAUGGAGAAAACAUUGGUGUAGACUUCCACAGUUGACGCUUGAUUCUGACUUUUGGAAACCUAAAAAGGAUAUAGAAUACAUUACAGGUGAUAAAAAAGUUUGGCGAGCUACUAAGGACCUUACGAGUAACUUUACAACGACUAUCAACAACAUUAUCACUCGUCAUUCAGGAUCAAUUACAAAGUUUGUACUUUGCAUUCAGUAUUGGAAAAGAUGCCCUCGUAUUGACAAGUUAUUAGAUUUCCUCUCUCGAAACAGCAUUCAGCAUCUUGUUCUUAGACUUCCAAGACGAUUCAAAAUGCCUUCUUUACUUUUCGCAUGUCUGAAGUUGAGGCAUCUGUUUCUCCAAAACUGUUUAUUACUUCCUCCAAUAGCCUUCAAAGGAUUUGAUAGGUUAAUUAGCCUAGAGCUACAUUAUGUUACGAUUUACUCCAAGGGGCUUGAAAGUUUAAUUUCUAAUUGCUUGUUGCUUGAGCAAUUGGUGCUAAAGAUCUCAGAUACGUUAAGCGACGUCAUUGAAAUUAAUGCUCCCAUGCUGAGAUCUUGUGACUUCAAGGGCGAUAUGACAACUAUCUGCUUAAAAUGUGUCCCUCGUUUGGCAAAACUCUCUCUCAUGUAUCAUCGUAAGGACUGGAAAAGGUUUGAUGUUGCAAAUUUUUUAACAUCAAACUUUUUUGAGUCUUGUUCUGUUCUUGAGCAUCUUCACUUGGAUUACGGGGUCCGCUUGGCUACAGGCCAAGAAAUACCAACAAAGCUUCCCCUUGAUCUGAUGUGUGUCAAACAUCUUUGCAUGUGUAUAUAUCUUGACAGGGAUAUGAUUCUGUCUGCUCUGUGCUUGAUAAGAAGCUUCCCAUUUUUACGAUAUCUGGAAAUUCAGAUGGAGUCCAAUAUUGAUCACACUAUGUCGGCUCUAGACUGUCUUGAAGUGGAAGCUUUUUCGGAUGUGAUAUUCCAGCACCUAACAGAAGUCAAGUUAAUAGAAGCUAAUGGCAGUCUGCGGGAGAUGCAAAUUAUCAAGCUUCUGUUAGCCAAGUCUCCGGUGCUCGUGAGAAUGUUAAUCAAGCCCCACAGUUCAUUGAAAAAAUCUGCAGUAUUCAUUAGACUUGCUGAGCUAACAGAAUUUGAGCCUGCAUCACCUGAAGCAGAAGUUAUCUUUAAACUAGGAUAAGUACCAUCAUGUUUGAUCCGAUGUUCAAUCAGAGACCAUGGUCAUGUUUUGGGUUUUGACGUUAAGAGAUAGAAAUGAAUGUUGAUGCAGUAUAAAAUUUGUGUUUUUCCAUUAUAUUGAGAGAAAUCUAGACAUCGCUUUUGGGAUA